UCGAAGUGUUCUCGAUGGCUUGUUCGGAAACUCUCGGUGUUCCCGCCAAAACUGGCGAAAUGUAAACAUGUGGCAUUUAAAUUGUGCACAUUCGAAGGAAGAGUCAGUGAUUGCUUUUAUAUUUUUUCAAAAAUGUCAGGUUUUGACGAAGGAGAAGUACUCUACAGCGAUGUAUUUGGUUCAGAAGAUCAACUAGAUCAGAACCAGUUGACGAGAAGUGCUGCCCAAAAGAAAUUCAAGAAGUUUAUCCGCGAUUUUCACGAGGGCACAUUUGUUUACCCCUAUCGGUAAGGUUCACUUUGUUUGUAAUGAUCAGUUGUUUUAACUACAUGUGUGUUUAAUCUUUUUUGUGCUAGUGUACAAAAAUAUUGUGUAAUAUGCAUUGUACUGUAAUAAGUACAUCUGGAAUUGCAGCUCCAAGUCAAACAUUAUAUAUUAAAGUUAAGUUAAUAUAUUUGAUACCGUACCGGGUACUAUAUUAAUUAAAGGGUCUGUUUAUAUUAUAAAAUGGAGCCAGGCUGGCCCGCUAGCCUGGCCCGCUUUGCGAGACAGCCCGGUAAGCGCACGUCAGCGGGGUGAAUUUCUUUUGUGUUUUAAUAUAUGAGAAAUCCGGGCAACCAGCCGGGCUAGCCUGCUUGUGAGUGUUUACAGGGGGAAAUUUCCAUCCUGGUAAGCAAGAUCUCGCCUCUUUCAUGCGAGAUCUCUGCAACCGGGCCAGUCCAUUUGUCCAUAUAAACACGCAAUAAUUUUCACUAUAAAAAUAACUACACAGUGAGAUCUCGCUUACCGGGCUGUCUCACUAAGUGGCCCUGUUUAACCCAUUAAGCUGCAGAGCUUCCCCAUUGAUUAGUAAAAUCGUCUGGCAUUAGACAAGUAAAAGAAUAAGUAGGGUGCACUGGGGCACAUUGCAGUUCAAUGGGUUAACUAGGGACAUUGUCAGAUCUUUUGGUUAACCCAUUAAGCUGCAAAGCUUCCCCAUUGACUUGUGCCAUUGAUGAGUAAAAUCGUCUGACGUUAGACAAACUUGUAAAGAAAAAUAAGUAGGGCACAUUGCGGCUCAUUGGGUUAAUAAUAUUUUAUCUUUCCAGGGAUCAGCUUGUCAGAAAUUAUAAUCUACGUGAUUAUACAUUGGAGGUUGAUCUUCAAGAUUUAAGAAAUUAUGAUGAAACAUUGUGUGAUAAACUGGUUAAACAACCAUCAGAGUAUUUGCCAUUGGUAAGAAAUGUUGAAUUUCAAUUACUGAGUCGAUAGAGUACAAUUUGAUAGACUUGCAAAAAAUGUAAAAUUUCCUAGUUUGAAGAGGCCGCGAAAGAGGCUGCUGAUGAGUCAACCAGACCAAGACCUGAGGGUGAAGAGGAAAUUCAGGAUAUACAAGUGACAUUGAAAUCUGAUGCCAACCCUGACGGAAUAAGAUACUUGAAGGUAUGAGUUUUGAAACUCAAUCAUAUUUGAUGAUGCAUGUUUGAUGGUUGUGGGUUUGAUUCCCACCGUGGUCAGGCAAACUUUUCAGCUUGUCCAGUGUGGAUACACACUCAGAGUAACAUCACAAACAUAAUAUAUUCAUUUGAGUGUAUAUUGCAUAUUACACAUCAAUUAUAUCUCUUCAGAAGUUUUAGUUUUAGUGGUACUUUUAAUUGUUUUUUGCCUUACUUUUUGUUUCGACUCGUUACAAUUCCUCGACUUGGGACAAUUCAAAGACUUGUUACAAAUCGUUAACGUAACUUGUCACUACUAGCUGAUCGAAGUUCCGCUUAUAUAAAAUAUAUACUUGUUCAGGUACAAGUAGUUCUGUGAAACUUGACACUGCAACUAAUAAAUUUGGAACUAGCUAUUACUACAAAAUCCCGAAUAUUUGGUUAUUUUCAUUGCCAUUCUGGUAUAGACUGUUUGCCCUUUGUUUUAAUCUGUUUAGUCUGAUCAUGUAUCAAAACUUGUAAAAGUUUCUGGGAUUAUAAUCAGUGCGUCAGCAAUUCGAGCAAAGGCGACGAGGAUAACACUUCAGUGUCGAGCCUGCAGGAACACUCUGCCAAACAUUAUCUUGAAGCCAGGAUUGGAAGGUUAUACAAUGCCAAGGAAGUGUCCAACGUUAGUAUAUUUACAACAUAUAAUUUAUGUACAAUAUAACUGAAGUAUUGAACUUAUUUAGUGGAAGGAAAGAAAGAGUGUGCCUCUAUUGUUAACCUACAGUAUAAUAAGCUGCAUCACGCCCUGAUGCGCCUUAUUUUAUUAUUUUAUUUUAUUAAUGCCAGAUGAUGUAAACACUGUUGUUGGUAUGUUGAUCAAAUGAAUUGCUAUUUUGUAUUGAAUUUAUAUUAUUCCUAAAUUUCUUCAUAAAUAUUAUCUGGAUCAGUAGGAGUUUUCUUUGAAUUUUUGAAAUCAGAACAAGCGUGCUGAAAUACAGAAACUAAAACAGCAAGUUCAAUUUUAACUGAGGGUAAUAGCACGAAUCUAGUUUUGAAAAACCGGCCAAAGAUAUCUAACACCAUAGUUGUUUCUUGCUUAUUUCACAGUAGAUUCAAUUCUAAUGCAGUAUAAUUAUCAAUCAAAUAUAGAGAGCAAGUUGGUCGACCUCCUUGUCCAAUGGAUCCAUUCUUCAUCAUUCCAGAUAAAUGUAAAUGUGUUGAUUUUCAAGUUCUGAAGUUACAGGAAUUGCCUGAUGCUGUUCCCAAGGGGGAAAUGCCUCGACACAUGCAGUUAUAUUGUGAUAGGUAAGGUCCAGCAAACAAAAUCAAUACUCAAUUCACGAUUGCAUGUUUUGCAAUGGAUUUAGGGACCGGUCGUUAUUUACAGGAUGGCGUACCAAACAAGAUGUUUUUCUUGGCAAAACGUUUGCCGAUCCAAUCAUUAAAAAGUCCAAAAUAUCUUUAACCAACCUCAAAUACCUUGUAUCAAUUAAAAAAUAAAUACCCACCCCUCAUGGCCAAAAAAAAACUUUACAAAAGGUUACCAUUUAGUUGUCACACAUGUCCUUCAGCACUUCUGUGACAUGAGUUUGAUAACUGCUUGUGAAUUUUCUGCAGUCUAAAGUUUCAUGUUGUCUGUACAUAUACUUUCUUUGGAGACACCAUUUACAUGUACCUCCUAGCAAUUCGGAAAAUGAUAAAGAUAAUGACUCUGAUUGUUUUACAUUAUUAUGUUGACAUAUAUGACUGUUCACAUAUCAUUUAGUCUUCAAUAUUUGAGCGAGUCAGUCUUUCGAAAUGACAAUAUAUCAAUUUGUAUCGUCACUCCAGCCUUCAGUUUUUACUCAAUCUUUUACUCACUCAAAAUUCUGUUUACCCAUCCCUUUUCUCUUUGGUGCCACACCCAGCCUUUAAUUCAAAUUAGCUGGUGUUAUGAAUUUUUUAUUUUUAUUAUAAUAACUUUAUUUGAAAAUUAUAUCUAUAACUACAUAAAAAUAUACAAUUUGUCCCAAUAAAAAUGUUCAAAAUGAAUUUUCUCUAAUGCCUAUAUAGUUUUGUGUGUCUGAAUUGUUUUAAUAUCAACCUAACAAUUGUGUUGUUCAAAUACAGUUCAAAGUAAAUAAUUUAGUGACAGUCUUAUCUAAUUACUGGGGUCGAAAUUUAUAUUCGUUUUAACAGGAUUAGUGGAAUUUGAAAUUCACUAUUCCGUAUGAUGUUUCGCUAUUCGAUCCUUUAACGUCUAUAUUUCAAGAGCAUAUUGUGCACGUUUUAUUAUUUCAGAUAUUUGACAGAAAAAGUUGUCCCUGGAAACAGAGUGACAGUUAUGGGCAUAUAUUCCAUAAAGAAGUCAGGAAAACUUAAUAAAAAGGUACGUAAUAACCUCCUCCCCUCCCCGAAUGUGGGCAACAUAUGAAAACCAGACUUCAGCACAAUUGCCUUUCAAAGUUUUAUUACGUAUUUUUGCACAGUGCCGUUCAAUCUUCUGAUUUUUAAAGGGCUGUGCCUAAAUUUAAGGGAUAAUAAAUUGUCGAAAUACUAACACUACUAUAUACAGUAGAAUAAUUACAGUAUUAAAUAAUAUUAUACAGUACAUAAAAAUAUUACUCGACUGUGAUUGGUUGAUUUCAGUGCAGUUAAUCUCAAACAGCAGCGUAAAAUUCUGUAAGAAACUGAUUUGACUAGUGGAAAAACAGUGAAAUCUAAAACCUCCAUACAGUGGCAGUCUUCAAGUAACGGUCAGAGAUUUAUUCAAAACAAAACAAAUAGAGCGGUUAGAAUAAUGUGAUAUAAAAAAGCAGGAAAAUUUACCACUCACUAGUAUGAUCAGAGAGGGGAUGUUUAUGCAGAUAAACAGUAAAUCUAGAUUAAUUGUUGAAGGAUUUGCACAUGGAAAUUUCGUGUGGAAUUUUUAUACAUUUAUUAGGCAGGAAUCGAGUCUGCAAUUCCGGUGCAGCGCUCUAACCAACUGAGCUACACGGUCCAGUAAACGAGCUCUAACCACAAGUACUUCACCCAUUAUAUACUGUAUACAUUAUAUACUGUAUACAUGAACUUGUGACUAGACCUCGACAACUCUCUCUCUGUAGCUCAGUUGGUUCACAGUUAAUAGAAUACAUGGUUUCGAGACUCGAUGAAAGUACAAUUAUAUAACUCAUUAACUACAGUACGUAUGUUGGUUUUGGUUUAUGCAAGAGUUUGGGCCUAUCUCGUCACGUGUGUAUUGUAUUUUUUUCCUGCACAACCAAUAGCAAUGUUUAAAUUGAGCAUUUGUUCCAGUUACGGAUGGAUAACUCAACCACAAACUUGUUAUAAUUGCUUAUUUGAGCGAAAAUACAAUACACACGUGACGAGAUACAGUAGGACCAAAUUCUUGCAUAAAGCUGGACAAUAACAUAGUUAAUGAGUUAUAUUGUACUUUCAUCGAGUUUCCAAACCAUCUAUUAAAAUAACGGUGGUUGCAGGUUAGAGCGCUGCACCGGAAUUGCAGGGCCGCAGUAAUAUGGUAUUCCCUCUGGCUGCCUCUGUAAACUACAUUACAUUGAUUUAUAGGAUAACCGUGAAAAUGUCGGCGUUGGUUUACGUCGUCCAUAUCUGCGUGUGGUAGGCAUCCAAGUGGACACGGAUGGCCCAGGAAGAAGUAAUCCUAAUGCUGUAAAUAUGCAAGAAGAAGAAGAGUUCAGACGUGUUUCUGCAAGACCUGAUGUUUAUGACGUGAUUGCAAGAAGUAUUGCACCGUCUAUUUAUGGCAGUGAGAAUAUCA